UCAGCGAUGCAGCAAACACAGAACAAUAUAAUACGUGUGACAUGUGAUUACCGUGAUUGAUACUCAUAAUUUAUAUAAAAACUGUACAGAGAUUCAUGUAUAUAUAGAGUUAAGCAUACAGAGCUUAUGAACUUGACAAUUUGAAUAAUUGUACUGAAUUGUGUUCAGUUUGAAACUGAAUCCAAUGUCGAUCUCCACAUCUUCAUCAUCAUCUUCAAGCAAAUCAUGGAUCGUGCACAGCCUUCUCGUCGGAGCUGCGAUGGCGGUUGCCGCCGGUGCUUAUCUCCGGCGAGGUAAUCGAUUCAGGAGCCGCGUGGUCGGGAUUAUACCCGCCAGGUACGCUUCCUCGCGCUUCGAGGGCAAGCCGCUCGUUGAAAUCCUCGGCAAGCCCAUGAUCCAGAGAACAUGGGAACGUGCAAACUUGGCGACAAUGCUGGACCAUGUUGUUGUUGCCACGGAUGAUGAAAAAAUCGCUACUUGUUGUCGAGGAUUUGGUGCUGAUGUCAUAAUGACAUCUGAAUCUUGUCGAAAUGGUACUGAGCGAUGUAAUGAAGCACUUCAAAAACUUAAAAAAAAGUAUGAUGUUGUUGUCAAUAUACAAGGGGAUGAACCACUCAUUGAACCUGAAAUAAUUGAUGGGAUUGUUAAAGCAUUGCAGGCUGCUCCUGAUGCAGUGUUUAGCACUGCUGUGACAUCUUUAGCACCCGAAGAUGCUUUUGAUCCGAAUCGUGUGAAAUGUGUGGUGGAUAACAGUGGUUAUGCAAUUUAUUUUUCACGAGGAUUGAUUCCUUAUAACAAGUCAGGGAAAGUCAAUCCGAAAUUUCCGUACUUGCUUCACCUUGGAAUUCAGAGUUUUGAUACAAAGUUCCUCAAAAUAUAUCCAGAGCUCCCGCCCACCCCUCUGCAACUAGAAGAAGACCUGGAACAAUUAAAAGUCCUGGAGAAUGGAUACAAGAUGAAGGUGAUAAAAGUUGACCACAAUGCCCAUGGUGUUGACACCCCAGAAGAUGUUGAAAAGAUUGAACGAUAUAUGCGUGAGAGAAAUUUGUCUUAGUCCUGCAGGGUACAAGCAGUUUAUAGAAUAUAGUCUUGGAAGGAGGAUGUUCUUUCCCAGUGUCUGGUUUUGUCAGCAAAAGUUUUUGGCACGAGCUCAUACUACAUUGAUUCUUCUAUCCGUAUUAGGGUGUUGGUAAUAUGGAUUCAGAAAUUUUAUAAUGUUCCAACGCUUUGUAAUUCGAAAGAUGGUUUGGUAUAUUCUUCUUUUUUAUGUAUUAAUCUAUGCUGGUAAAUUUCUUUCUCCUUGUGAAAUUGUGAAUUUGCCAUAUUUUCUUGGCUAUAUUGUUUAUAGUUGUUUGAUACAA